AUGCCUGGGUUGCAGAGGGAGGAGGUGUGGGUGUCGGUGGGUGGGGAGGAGGCUGGGCCCUCGCCUCCUCUAGGACCGGCUGGAGAUAGCGCGUCCGGCUGGGCGGCAGGCUCAGAGACCAGCGCGGAGGCAGCUGCAGGGCCGCAGCGCCGCGCCGCGCGUCCAGCCGCCGGGGGUGUGCGCCCGCGGAGCCCGGCGUCGCGCCUCGGCGCCCCCACGCGCCCACGCCGCGGCGCGGGGACCCGGGCGGGGGCAGAGGGAGGGCCCGGCCGAGGGAGGGGAAGGGGCCGGUCCUCCCAGCGCAGGCAGCGGCCGCGGCAGCCCAGGAGGCGGAGGCAACGGCGGCAGCGGAGGUAGCAACGGGCCCGCCGCAGUCAGCCCGGCCGCGUCCGACCCGCGCCCGCCCGGCCGCCGGCACGCACCGCGCCGGGGCGCCCUCUCCACUGCGCGCGGUACAAGGAAAUGCUAGAACUAGUGAUCUCUCCCAGCCUUACUGUAAACAGCGAUCGUCCGGGUAAACUGAAGGUUAACUGUGCCGACGCUGAUGUCUGGACUCUGAGUGACAUAGAAGGCAUCACCACAUCAGCUCUGAGUGUAUCCCAGCUCUUUGCAAGACCUUGCCCACGUGUCCUGCCCAGCCAGCAUCCCACGGCCAUGGCAGCCUACGGCCAGACUCAGUACAGUGCGGGGAUCCAGCAGGCCACCCCCUACACAGCUUACCCACCUCCAGCACAAGCCUAUGGAAUCCCUUCUUACAGCAUCAAGACAGAAGACAGCUUGAACCAUUCCCCUGGCCAGAGUGGAUUCCUCAGCUAUGGCUCCAGCUUCAGCACCGCCCCCACUGGACAGAGCCCGUACACCUACCAGAUGCACGGCACAGCAGGGAUCUAUCAAGGAGCAAAUGGACUGACCAACGCAGCUGGCUUUGGAACUGUGCACCAGGACUAUCCUUCCUACCCCAGCUUCCCACAGAGCCAGUACUCCCAGUAUUACAGCUCGUCCUACAGCCCUCCUUACGUCCCCGCCGGCAGCAUCUGUUCCUCUCCCCUCUCCACGUCCACCUACGUCCUGCAGGAGGAACCUCACAACGUCCCCAGCCAGAGUUCUGAGUCGCUUGGCGGUGAAUAUAACACGCACAAUGGACCUUCCACGCCAGCAAAAGAGGGAGACACAGACAGGCCGCACCGGGCCUCUGACGGGAAGCUCCGAGGCCGGUCUAAGCGGAGCAGUGACCCCUCCCCAGCAGGGGACAAUGAGAUUGAGCGUGUGUUCGUGUGGGACUUGGAUGAGACAAUAAUUAUUUUUCACUCCUUACUCACGGGGACUUUUGCCUCCAGAUACGGGAAGGACACCACGGCGUCCGUGCGCAUCGGCCUCAUGAUGGAAGAAAUGAUCUUCAACCUCGCAGAUACACAUCUGUUCUUCAAUGACCUGGAGGACUGUGACCAGAUCCACGUGGACGAUGUCUCAUCCGAUGACAAUGGGCAGGAUUUAAGCACCUACAACUUCUCCGCUGAUGGCUUCCACAGUUCGGCCCCGGGGGCCAACUUGUGCCUGGGCUCUGGCGUGCACGGCGGCGUGGACUGGAUGAGGAAGCUGGCCUUCCGCUACCGGCGAGUGAAGGAGAUGUACAACACCUACAAGAACAACGUCGGUGGGAAGGAGAGCUGCUUUGAGAGGAUAAUGCAGAGAUUCGGCAGAAAAGCCGUCUACAUCGUGAUUGGCGAUGGCGUGGAAGAGGAGCAGGGGGCGAAAAAGCACAACAUGCCUUUCUGGCGGAUAUCCUGCCACGCGGACUUGGAGGCACUGAGGCACGCCCUGGAGCUGGAGUAUUUAUAGCAGAACCCGCAGCCUCGCCACCUGCCAUCAGAGAGGCAGCCCACCCGCCCAGUCCCCCGAUUUUCCCCACCUCCCCUGCCAGAUGCUAGACAUCAGGCAGGGUCCCUCCCACCAAGAGGACGUGUCCGGUGACCAUCUCAGAAGCUGUCCUUUCAGUCUCAACGCGGGUCCAGAGAAACA